ACAUUUAUGUCUCCGCGUGUGUAUGUUCUCCAUCACGUCGUACUCUUAGAACAUGAUGUCUCAGUAAAUAACACUGACAUGAGCAAGGGAGGGGCUGCUGCAAAACACACUGAUAGAAUGAAUGCAAAGAGCCAAAAGAACACUUCCUGUUGAUGCAAAAAUUGCAGCAGCAACUGUCUGACACAUCUGGACUGGAGAGGGGGGGAGGCCUGGCUGUAGUGUUAGCGAACUACUGAGGGGAAUGGACAACGUUUAAUGCUAAUCUGCAAGACGGCAGCCGACAAACUGGAGAAGCAUAUCCAAGAAAUGGACGACGGCAGCUACAUCGAGUUCGAUGUGCCGGAGUUCAGUAACACUGUUCUUACCCAGCUCAAUGAGCUGCGGCUGCAAGGAAAGUUGUGUGACAUCAUCGUUCACAUUCAGGGCCAGCCAUUUCGAGCCCACAAGGCUGUGCUGGCAGCUAGUUCACCCUACUUUCGUGACCACUCAGCUCUCAGCACCAUGAGCGGCCUUUCCAUCUCGGUCAUCAAAAGCCCUGAGGUGUUUGAGCAGCUUCUUGCAUUCUGCUACACAGGUCACAUGUCCCUGCAGCUCAAGGAUAUAAUCAGUUUCCUCACUGCUGCCAGCUUUCUGCAGAUGCAGGCCAUCAUUGACAAGUGCACCCAAAUCCUUGAGAGCAUCCACUCCAAGAUCAGCCUCCCAGUUAGUGUCUGCAGCCCAGAGAAGGAUGACUCACAGACCAGCGGCAAUGGGGUCAACGACAGCAACCUCUUUGUAAACCCUACCCAGAUCUCCCCCCCUUACUACUCCCGGCAGAGUCAGGCAGGACACGAAGCGCGCUUUGAGCUGGCAGGGAAAAGCCUGGGUCGGGGGCGACAACUUCAAGAGGAAGGCCAGUCAGACCGAGGCAGUAGUGAUAGUGUGUCAGAGCAUGAUGCUCCCAUAGAGGGAGAAACAGAGCAAGUGGAACUGAUCGGCAAAGACGGGCAAGUAACAGAUGUGCAUGUGAAGAUUGAGAAGACCGAUAGACCCACUUACUCAGAUAGUUCCUCAGCUGGUGAUGAUGGCUACCACACAGAGUUGGUAGAUGGAGAGCAGGUAUUGGCUGUCAGUGUGGGCUCUUACGGGCCUGUCAUCCAGUCUGCUGCCUAUUCUUACUCAGGGCUGUCCUCCUCAUGCUUUGUCAACCUUAGCAACUCCAGUCCUUCCCGCUCCAUGCUCAGUGGCUUCAGAGGUGGGCGAGCCAGGGCAAAGCGUCCCUUGGCCAUCCCAGCAGGGGUGCUGAGUCAUAUCAAAACAGGCUCAGAUGAUAGUGAAUCAGCUGUGGGAGCCACAGGGUUGGAGAACGAUGUGCGAGAGCGUAGCUUGCGGAGCCAGUGGUACCCCUACAAUGAGAGACUCAUUUGCAUCUACUGUGGAAAGACCUUCAAUCAGAAAGGGAGCCUGGAUCGCCACAUGCGCCUGCACAUGGGAAUCACCCCAUUUGUUUGUAAAUUCUGUGGCAAGAAGUACACAAGGAAAGACCAGCUGGAGUACCACAUCCGUGGCCACACGGACAACAAGCCCUUCCACUGUCAGAUCUGUGGCAAAUGCUUCCCAUUUCAGGGCACCCUUAACCAGCACCUGAGGAAGAAGCACAUGGGAGCAUCAGAGGGCAGUAAUCAUAUAGACUCUCCAGAGAGGACGGAGGGAAGCUCAGGUCAGAAGGACCAAGAGGAUACGUCUGAGGGGAUGGCCUUCGAGGCGCAAUAUGCAGAAGAGGCACCAGCCAAUGAUAUGGAAGAGAGUUCAAAAUGCAGUCCAGAGGAGGCUCAAGCAUCAAGAUGUGAUUUUUAGGUCCUGCUUCAGGUUAAGGAAGCUUUAAGAAAUGUUUAUCUUAACUCAACUUAAAGGACUUUUUUUUUCUUUUUGAAUCAGCUCCCUCUACUAUGGACAUUUCUUGUGUCAAAGGGUUUCUGUCAAUUUUGUGAAAGUUAGACGUUGAAUGCAGAGAGCAAAUGGGUGCUUUAUAGAAAUUUGAUUCUUUCAAGCAAAGGGAGUAACAACUUACUAUUUUUGAGGAGGUCCCAAUAAUCAAGACCCCCCAAUUGAUUUCUCUUUUUAUCUUUCCAUGUUUUUUAAAACAUAUUUACAGAGUUAUAUAGGCAUGUUGCAAUAAUUGAUAAUGUGAAAGCUCUGGUAAGAUGCUUGUCAUAUCACCUUUUUACCUGACCUGUUUUUGCACAUGUGGCCACAAGAGGUCACUCACUCACAAGGAAUGAUUUUUCUGCCAGUGCAAAGCUUCGUGUGACAUAUCCGUUCAAUACCUCAUGAUGCAACUACAUACUCAUAACAGACAGUAUUUUAACUUAAAUGAAACUCACCAGGUUCUACCUCAUAGCCAAGAACCUACCAGGCACAGACGUGUUCACCGUUUGGAAAUCCGUUUUAGGUUGUAUAUGUACAGUAUCUUAUUGCCAAACCCUGUAAAGAAUAUUCUCUCAACACAAAGCCUUGAUACUUAGGGGAAAUAUUCCUUGCUGAUUGUAUGGAUUAGGGACUUAGUCCUUGUCAAAUGUUUCAUGGUCAGCCAGGUUAAAAUGAUGAUUAAGAAGGUGCUAUGUUAGGAGUACAUUAAAUUUGCUAGCUUUCUUGUGUGUUUGUUUUUGGCAAAUGCGGAGAAUAGAGUAAGAAAAUGGCCCUGCAUAUUUUCAAGAUAUGAUUUUGCUGUCUUAUAACGUUUAUUCUACAAAACACUUAAGAUAUCUCUCAUCACUACUGGAGAUCUCACUCUGUCGGCCAAGGCGUGGUUUUUUAGAUGCUGUCAUCCAUGUAAUGGAUGAGUUACGUCCAUACAGUGAAGUCAUUUGUAUUUCUCUAUACUCUGAUGGCAGACUUAUACUGAAUUAUUGUAUGUGUAAAUUGUUUUGUCCUGAGGUAGGCUUCUAGGUUACUACUCAGCGUCUAACAGAGACGGGAGUACUCAUUGUCAACUCAGCACAGUAGGAACAGCUCUGGACCUGUUCACAUAAAUCAGUAUAGUAUACUAGUCUGAAUAAUAUGCAAACAGAAAGAACAAAGGAAUCUCAGCCAUUUUGACAUGGUUUUUCUUCCAUUAUUUGAAAGAGCUAUGGGAUUGUUUCCUUGUUUUCCUUCUGUCCUACCUUUUUACGAUGGGACGGUCGAUCUGUGAUCUUUGUUCUCUGCAUUGGGUGGGGUCAAAUGCAGACUCGGAACAAGUUUUCCUCAUUCGUCAAUCCUACUUCACGGUGUUGACAUAGAUGCAGCAUUGCUAGAUUAAGGAGAGGUAGCUGAUGAUCCAAAGUAUUGAUGCACUUUGCAGAGUUGGUGGGAGGGAUGAGCGCUGUCCCAUUGAGAAAUUGUGCUAAUUUCUGUCUUAAUUCUGAUGCGGCAGUGUCAGGGUAGUACUAGUUUCACAGCAGUGAUUUUGUUUUCUUACUCUAAAUAAAAAUGUUGUGAACUUUGACAAGACUCUGCAAUCACAUGAAUACUAUUGGCUACAAGUCAUGCAUAUGGUUACCUAUAUUAUCUAUACUGUUUGAACCAUGGGGAAACGGGAUGGGGGUGUUGUUAGUUUAUAGAGACUUUGGUUUUAAAGUGCAUUCACAGUAAAUACCUAAAAGGCCAUUCAAGGGCCUGAUUGAUUAUUCUGUCAUAUUUUGGAAAUUUAAAGCUCAGCCGGGUGGUCCCUUUUGUGCUUUCCUGCUUUCUUAUUUGCCAAUCAGCUGUUUAAUACGUUUUUUUGAGAGCACCUGCUAUAUGCUUUUGUCCCAUCUGGUCCAUGCUGAAUUUGUGUCAAUGAAUUGGAUUUGAUUAUUUCACAGUUUCCAUAUGAUUUUCUAUUUUGUGUGUGUUUGGUGGGAGAAAUACUGUGUUUUGUUGCUUAUGUCUAAUGUCAAGAGUGCAGUCCUUUUUAUUCCACUGAAUGUGCGGUUAUCGUCUUCACUCAUUGAUAGUCGAGAUAGCGAACCAAAAUGUAGGGAAUUUUGCAAAAAUCGGUAUAGCUAGCUUUCCGUUAUCUUUGUGUUCAAAGAGUCAUCACAAACACUUUUGGUCAUCACACCCACAGUCUAUCAGUACAUUUUAGAUGAAUGUUUACUCAGUCCAGUUCAUUUCUGUCGGCCGCUGAUGCGACGUGCAGUUUUGACGGCUGAUCUGAACUCACCAAAAUCAGCAGCUGACUAAAUUGAUUCUUGCCCUUCACUCAGAAAAAAAAGGAGAUGCAUUGUAAGUAACGUUUUGUGAGUAAAAGGUACAAACUGCUAAAACAUUUUUGUGCCAAGUGUUCACACACCAAAGACUAGUAGGUGAUUUUUAAGCAUAAAUUUUGACUGUAUUGCAUAAUUGAAUGCUCAGCGAGGAGAAGAGGUUCUUAAUUUAAUGUAGGACUAGGACAUUGCUAUUUGCAAGGAAUGUAUGUUUCCCAGCUUGUAACAAUCAGUUGUGUAAAAUUUGAACAAUUUGCUAAGAAGACAUUAAGCAGCAAAGUCAUAAAUAACAUAAUAUAUUAAGCCAUACAAAAGCAGACAAUAUAAACGUUGUGCAAUAGGUAUUGUAAUUGUUUAAGCCAAUGUAAACAAAAGAGAGAAUACUUCACAAAAAGUGGCAUCUUUAACUUAGUGCCUUGCCACAAGCUUUACAUUUUAGAUUCUGGCACUUAGAUUCCUGUGCCUCUUUCAUUUUAUAAUGGAUUGAAAAGAGAUUAUAAACCGAAUAUGGCCACAAACAUCCUUUAAAGUGGUACCAAGAAUGAAUAGAAAUUAAUUCACGUCAUUCUUGUUCAUUUUGUCGUUAUUUUCAGCUCAAGUCCUACCCCCCUGUUUUCGCUUUUUAUCUCUUUUUUUUUCUUUUUUUUUGGUCAUGGAAUGGACUGAUUUUAAGGUUUCACUGAUUUUGUAGCAAUUGAUAACAAUCAAAUGAGGCAGACUUGUUCCCUGCAAGCUGUUGCCCUGUGUUUUAGAGACUAUACUGUAUGCCUCCUCUCUAACCACUGAGGACAAUCUUAACAUUGUACUGUAGUUUAAGGCAUUUCAACAAAGGAAGGAGAUGCAUGAGAAACACAAAUUCUACUUCCUCUCAUUUGUCUCGGAGCAUCUGGCAAGGGAACAGCUGCUUGGGUAUUUAGCAGAUAAUAAACUGAAAAUAUCUGGAGUUUUAGAAAAAAAA